AUGUCUUUCUCAAGCAUAUUCCGGUGUCUACUUUGCAACAUCCCAAAGAAAGAAUCCAGGAGGGAGAAAGUACUAGUCUCUCCCGGACAAUAUGAAAUUGAAGGAAAGAAUCCGGGAGAUUCCACAGAUUCGCAAGAGUCAAUAGACUGGACAUCACAGUUCACAAGUCCAGAUGAAAGCAAUAUCACAACAGGGGAAAACAUCGCGGAGAUACCUAUUCAGAAGUCAAACCGAGCAUUAAUAGUAGCAGCAAAAGGCGCAUACGGCUUCGCAGACCUUCCCUUCCCAACCUUAUCCCACGAAAACGAAAUCGUCAUCUCAAACCGCGCAACAGGUCUCAAUCCAAUCGACUACAAAUCAGUAGACUACAAUUUCUGCCUCCCAGAGUUCCCAUGGAUAACUGGGCGAGAAAUGGCUGGCGUAGUGGAAAUGGUUGGGGCUGGCGUGAGGGAUGUUAAAGUCGGGGAUUAUGUUUGGACUAGCACAUAUUACCGCGACCGCCGCGCCGGCUGUUUUCAACAAUAUAUCACCGUACCCGCGCACACAGUCCUCCCCCUCCCGCCAUCUACCAGCUUCACAUCAGCCGCGUCCCUCGGCGUCGCUGGUCUCACGGCUGCAAUGACGCUUUGGCAUUGGCUCGAUGUGCCUUUCCCUCCUCCCUCCGCAAAUCCACCUCCACCCGCAGACUCUGAGAACCAAGAGCUAGAACAAGAAUUCCUCCUCAUCUGGGGCGGCGGCACAGUAACAGGCCAAUACGCCCUCCAACUCGCCGCCCUCUCCCACCUACGCGUCAUAGCCAUAACAUCCUCUCACACCGCGCCCCUCGCCCGUUCCCUCGGCGCCACCGUCAUCGAGCGCGACAACAAGUCCAACACGCAAAUCAUCUCAGAAAUCAAAAGUAUAGCAGGCGACAACAUCACCCGCGCUAUCGACCUCGUCGGCCCGAAAACCGCGACUGCCUGUUUACAAGUCCUCAGUAAGAAACGGGCGUCUAAGUUUGCACCGCUUGCGAUGAUGGGAUCCGAGGAAGAGGUACCGGGGAACGUGCACGUGGUUACGGUGGAGAUGAAGCGUUUUGUACUGGACGAGACGAAUAGGGCGUAUGCGCUGGAGUUGAACAGACUUGUGGGAGAGGGUAGGGUGCAGGUACCUGGUAUUGAAGCUGUACAUGGGGGUUUGGAAAAUGUGGUGCUGGGUCUGGAUCGUUUGAAGAAAGGGGAGAUGGGUGGGAGGAAGAUGGUUGUUGUUUUUUGA